GUGCACACUUUAUUAUUUUUUUUUUGCCACAACUAUUCUGGUACCACUACUGCUUAGAUGGUGUGCAUACACAUAGACACGGAACGCAGUAGCAUAAUAAUAAUAGUUCGCUCGCAAGUCGCUCAGUAUUCAAGAGAUAUUCGGAUGUUCAAGACGUUCACCGGGACAUUUUGCGUGAAAAGCGAUUAAAUAAUCCAAAUUUUUGAUCGUAUUUCGUCGAAAGUGAUUAAAAAAAAUAAAAAUCGGUACGUUUUGACCAAGGUCUUCCCAACUGGAUUACCUUUGAGUGUCUCUUAAACGCCAAACGUGCCUCUUUUCGUGAUCGCGUUUCGGGAAAAGAUCAAAUCGACCCUUUUCAAUGUCUCUUUUUUUGUCGUUCGUCGUGGUGUCGAGAUAAAAAUAAUACAAAACAGCACAUUUUAUGUGACAAAGUGUGUGUUUGUGUGUCCGUGUCUAACGCACACUUGCAGUUAAUUGUUGUAAAAGUGAAUAUUCGUACAUUUAAUUGAUCAAAUUGAUCGGGAAAAAAGUAAUUCUCGUUUAAGCCAAUAAAAAAGUUGUGUACAAAGAAAGUACUAAAAAGAAAUUGUGGCGCCUUGUGUUGACAUCAUCAUCUCGAGUCUCGUUGGCAGUAGAUCUGCCGUAAUUCUGCAGUAAAUUGCGAUAAAUUUGGACCUUGGACGUUGCAAACAAGAAAUAAUUUGUCAUUUUAUUUGACGCGAGAAUGCCUAAGCCGAAAAUAUUCAAAGGAAGUCUCAAAAUAGAACAUUCGAUACGAAUUAUUGUCGAGUGCAGUUGAUUACAUGACCACAGUCGUACCACGAAGGACGACAAGUCAGCCACUGACACAACAGGAGGCGCCGCUGGUCCCAGCAGAAAGAACGAAUCUGAAGCCGAGGAGAAUAAAUUUUCCCUAGGGUCCGUAUCGUCCGACAGUCUCUCGAUAUCGCACAACAAACCCGACGAGGACGACGACGACGAAGACAGCGAGGUGCUAAGCAACUCCCUGCAGUCAGACCACAAAAAAAGCUCAAGUACCAUGUCACGCGAAGAUAGUCUCGAAGCUCGCGGCAAUUUACAUCAGUCCAUCGAAGAGGAUAUCGUCGAGGAAAUUAUCGAAGAUCUCGUCGAAGGAUCCACGACGGAAAAUAAUGCAGCGACAAAAGAUCGCAAACGGACCCUCUUCAACCUGGACGACGACGAAGCGAGUCUCGCACGUGGUCUCGCUCAGCGAUUCGGCAUCGACGAAAACGCCGACAUCAGUAUUGGAAAUAUUGCUCAAGAAAAACGCGCGGCAGUAUUAAAAACGCAAAGCUCAAAGGAAGACAAUAAGCGAAGUAGCAUUGAUUCGCUCGAGGAGGCACCAAAUAGUCUCGAAUCCUCGAGCAGUUCGAAGGAAAAUGUCGAACCGGGACACAAAAGUAACAACAAAUCCAAGACAGAAGACAAAAAAGACGUCAAAGAACUUUCGCCGUUGCAAGAGGACGUCAUUUUAAUCAACAACAACAAAGUUAGUCUGAAUAUUCUGAAGCAGCGACAAGAAGCGAGUCAGGAUAACAGUCUGAACAACACGACAAAUGACAUAAGUGACCUCGCGAAAGACACAUUUACGCAAUACUCGGCUGCCGAGACGUCAAAAUCGCAACAAAUGCCGAAAGAGACGCAGAGUUUGCGAGAAGAUGCCACUACGCCCGAUGCGUCGGUGCGUGGAUUCAAUAGUCUCGGAACAGCAGUGCCAUAUAAACUCCCAGCCAAGGCAAGAUCCGACGAUGAGGCAUCCGGAAGUCCCUCGCUGAGCUGCGGCGAGGAAGAUAAAUCGAUAGAAGAAAUGAUAAUCGAGAACAGUAUCGAAAUUUCGAGUAAAUCCUGCGUUUUGGAUGAUGACGUCGUUGAACACACAGACAUCGUCAAGCAAAAUAUCGAUUUCGAGUUCAAAGAAGACGACGAAAAGUCAGAAAGUCCCGCAAAUUUAAAGGAAAAAAUUCUGCAAAAUAGCGCCACGUUCGCGGAACUUCAACUCCAGCGACAAGCCGAUGGCAGUUCAAACGUGAUCGACGAAAAUUCGCCCGCAAAAGCGAAAGAUGACGAAUCUGCACCGGUUAUCAAGAAGAUGCAACGAGCGGAUACCUUCACAAAAGAAAUUCUCGAUGACAUUUCCGAAGAAUCGGAUCGACAUGCACAUUCGUUGCCGGAAGACCCGUCAAAACUCAUCGAGAAAGGCUCCGUUAUGCGACGCAUUCUCGAACAAAAUAUCACGAAACGCGGCGAAAUCACAAAUGAAACGCUCAAUUCGGACAUUUUGGAUAUCACGACAACCACAAUUAAUGAUUCAUCCGUCCAGCGAACGCCGAUGAAUAGCAGAGUCGGAUCCAUUGACCAACAACAAGAGGCUGUGAACUCAGAAACUGUAAUGCGUGCCAUGGAAGCGCGCAUCAAAGACUUGCAAAGUAUUGUGAGCAGCAAAGAUAUUUGCAUAUCAGCAUUAAAUUCAAGACUGGAAAAUUUAUCGAGACGCGGUUCGUGGAAGGAAGGACGUGAUUCGCUGCAAAAUACGAAUUUGAAUUCGGGGAAGGAGUCCAGCAGCUUCACGUCUACCAUUUAUAAGGAUCUGAAUGAGGAUGCCAUGGUUGAUAUCAUGGACGUCCAAGCAGAACUUAUGGAACGCGACACACUCAUCGACCAACUUACCGAACGACUUCAACAAUCAAUCGUUGAUCGUGAGGAAUUACAAAAACAAGGCGAGUUACUUACGCACGAAGUGGAGAUGCUAAAACGUCAAUUAGCCGACACUUUGGAAUUAAUGAAGAAACCGCAGCAGUUCAGAGAAAACCGUUUAUCUCAAGUUUCCAUCGAUCUCGUGAGCGAUUUCGACGAAGACGAGGCCGACACAGGCAUAAAUCCCUUCAGCGGACUCGAUCUCGAGCUAGACAUGUACAACCAAAGCACGACAGAAUUCUCUCAGGAAAUCGAAAACUUCAGACAGAUCCUCAAACCAGAAGAACUAAAAAUUUUCUCCCUCAUCCAGAAGAAAUUUGACGAAUUUUUACGUCAAGAAAUCGAAAAAGUUCACAUAUCACACGAUUCCGAGAUGAAAAUCCUCCGCGAUGAACUUGAAUCGGAAAAAUCGCGAGGCGAAAAGGUCCUUGCUGACUUGCGAUCGGAACUCGAGGCCAAACACACGCAAGAAAUGGAGAAACUUCGAACGUAUUUCGAGCAAAAGUGCUCGGACAUGGAGAAGCAGUAUUCCGAAGAUGUGUUUUCGCAACAAAGUCGCCGACAUUCGACGGCAGAUACGGGUUCCGACAUCUCGGACCAGGAAAAUUUGCCGGAAGAGAAAGCGGCGUCGAAACCAAGUACACCGAGCAAGCACAAGGCAUCGCUUUACAUGAGUCCAACGCACCGGAAACUGACUCCGACUACUUUGGAAGCAAAAAGCCCCGUGAAAAAAUUAAAAGCGACGAAAUUGGAUUUAUCGAAGGACGACGCAGUGGAUUUGGCAGAAAUUGAGGACUUAAAAGCGCAUUAUCUCAACAAAAUUGACGAGAUGCGAGAAUUCUACGAAGAUAAAAUCGAAAAAUUAGAAAAUCAACUAAAGACUUUUGAAGCACGACCAGAUGAGGAAGACGAAUUUAGGACAUCAAAAGUGGUCGAAAUCCCACCAAAGACACAAAAACAGGACGAAACACCUGAAAACAAGCCUAGCACAAGUACUAACAUUGCUCAAAUGCAUCAAGAAGAGGAAUUCCACACAAUUGUCGCCGACUUUGAACGUCGUUUGCAAGAACAAGUACGCUUGGCAAAGGAAGAUGUCAUCUCGGACAUGGAAAAAAUGAUUCAGGCAUUCGCCUCAGAUAACGCACCAGACGAGAGUACGUGGCCACGUGAGUUCCUUUUGCUGCGCGAAAAGUUCACCGCGAAGAGUCAACUUGAAAUUACGCAACUCAAGAUCCAACAUGCCGAGGAAAUGGCUCGCAUAAAGCAGGAUUACGAGUACAAGUUGCAGCAAAAAUUGAAGCGCCAGACAAAAUUCGAUUCGGCACGUGACUUGGACAAAAUUAUCAAUGAACGGGACACGUUACGGGAGUUGUCGUCGACUCUACGAUGGGUCUUGGGAGAGUUGGCCAAGUAUUUCAGCGUGUAUGAAAAUGACUUGAACGCCACUUUGUUCGAGGAAUUGCAAAAAUACGCCGAUCAAGCGUUGCUGGAGACUUCAAAUGCGUUACGGGGUGACGAUGAGCCGCAAGAAGUCGCCGCCAUGGAAUUAAAUGAGACUGAUAACGACAUUGAUAAGGGCACGAUGAACGAAUCUGUGAUAGUGACGGCCUCGAAUACGUCGAAAAAGUUCGUGAAAUAUGCCGCCGACAUGUCAGGCAUCCUGGCGCUGAUCGAGGAACCGUCCAUCAUUGGUUUGCUGUCGAAAAAGGGGCAGGAUCAGGAAUAUGACGUCAAUGUCGAGGACUGCGUUGAACGAUUGAAGAAGGAAGCAUGUCGUUUACUCGGUCUCAGUCAACAGCUGUGCAAAUAUAAAGACGACGAGAAAAUGUCCGACAAAAGUGACAGUUGCGAGGAAGAAGAUGGACUCCGGAGCAGCAAACGUCGUUCUGUAGCAGCAACCAAAUCACUCGACGACAACGCCAUUAACGCCAACCAACAGCGAUAUGCCAAAAUUGACGUGCCCCCAACGAACAGUUUGCCGAUUUUCACGUCGGAAGACAUCGCCAGCAUCAGUUUCGAGCCCAAAAGUGAACUAAAUGUCAAAUUACACGAACUCAAAAAUCGUCUUUUAAAGUCAGAGGACGAAAAACGCAGUCUCGAAACGGAAUUAGCUGAAACAAUUUCACGUCACGACAGUUUAGCGCAAGAACUGAAGGACGUAAAACAACAAUUAGUCAGUUUGGAGUCCGCGAAGGAGAUGAUAAGUGAGGGAUAUGGCGUCAAUCCAAUGGGACAACCCAUCAAAUCGCAUGCCACAAGUCUCCUGGAGCUGCAGGAACGAGCAAAAACGUUGCUGGGACCCGCAGAGAACAACAGUACAAAAGACCAAAGUCAAUUAUUGCAAUUAAUCGAAGACUUUUGCCGCGAAAGUGAUCGUUAUUUCGACGAAGGCAAACAAGGAGAAGAUGAUUUGAAGCAACAGACAAAAACUAACACAAAAACACAAUCAGACGUAGUAGUUACCUCUAGUUGUAGUAAAAAAUGUAAAAUUCACAAGUCGCACACCAUUUGUUGCGCCUGUAUUGAAAGUUGCGAUCAGAUCGAAGCCGCCGACAAACAGCUUAGAGCAACCCGCAAGUUCCUAGAAGAACAGGCGGCGGAACGCGAGCAUGAACGUGACGAGUUCACGAAAGAAAUUGAACGCUUAAAGACAGUCAUCCAGAAUCGGGACAAGGAACGCGGAGUGCAUGAACGAACCGAAAAGGAGGAGUUGUAUGGAGAGUUGUGCAUUAGUCAUGAGCAAGUAUUAGCACAAGUGGAGCAAAUGAAACAGCAGAUCGAUGCAUUGCAGCAAGAAAUCAAGGACCAAGAGUCUCGUAAAUCCAAAAUGGAAAGCGAUCUCAAAGACUCUCUCAACAAAAUUUACGAUCUCCGUGAAAUUAUCGCCGAACUCGAGACCCAAAUCGACGCCAAGACCAAACAAGAAGCCAUUUACACGGAUCGCAUCAAGGAACUCGAAUCGUAUCUCGAGGAUCAAGCCAACGCUAAUGACACUUUAACCCAAGAAGUGGAAAACUUGAAACUUAACAUGGACGAACAAGCGUUCCUCGAUCGCAUCACGUACUUGGAGGGAGAACUCAAGAAAUUACGUCCGACUGGGGAGCAAAGUAUCGUUCUCGAGACAAUUUCGGAUAAUUUGCGACAAAUUGAGACAACGUUAGAUCGAAAAACGAAAUUCCUCGAGUCGUUACAUGCUGAUGUUUGUUCCGCUUCGUGCAGUAGCCCGUCGGAGGAUGUGUCGCAUCAGGAUUCGCCGAUACGGAAAUUGGAAUCGUUGCCGCAGGAACCAGCUUCGUUGCCAGUGGAUGAGGUACAACGCAUAAUGGAGAAACUGGCGAAACACUCGAGAGCUGAAGAAGCUGCCGUGAAACGGAUUAAAGACUUGGAAAUGCAGAUCGUUAGUUCGAGAGUUAAUAUUGCGGAACUGCAAAACGAGCGUGAUAUUUUGCAAGAACGCAUGUCCGAACAACUCGCUCGCAUCUCGUCACUCCAAUCCCGCUUAGAUGAGCAACGAUUACGUGCCGAGGAACUGCAUCGUCAAGGCACAUCUGACCUCAACAUUCGCGUGCACGAUCUCCAAAACGAAGUUUCAAAUCUCAAGGAAACUCUUCUUGCUCGCGACAACCAAAUCAAGACAUUAAACACCGCACUCGAGAACAGCAAAAAUGCCAUCGAUCGUCUCGAAGUGGAACUCGCCAUUCGUCCCCUGAACGAGACAGCAGAACAAAUCGUCAAGCUCGAGACAAAUUUACGACAACAAAAGGAGGAAAAUCAAGCCUUGCAGAAUAAAAUCAAAAACGAAAUGAUCAACAAACUCGCGAUACCGGAUCUCAUUGAAACCAUGUUGUCGGACAAGAACGAGGAAAUUGAUCAUUUGAAGGAAAAAUUAGCGGCAAAGGAGCGAGAACUUCAAACGUACGUGCAACUUUUCGAUAAACAACAUUCGAAACAGGGACACGAUACGGGACUGGAUGAGAAAAAUAGUGCGAGAACGUUGAGUGAUAUAAUUUCGUUGUCGGAUUACGAUGAGCCGGAUGUCAUGCGGAAACAAGCGCAAAAAACGCAGAAUGAAUUUGUCAUUCCAGGUGCUAGUUUGCAUGGAUUCCCAAUGGAUUCCUCAUCGAAACACUUCAAUUCCACACAAAAGCCGGGCAUAUCCACAGACACCUUAUUCGGCGCCCGUCCUUCAACUUCCACAUCUCGCAAGGACCAAUCCACCUUUAAUCGUCCGGAAUUCUUCCCCAACCUUUCCGACUUCACAAAAGACCCGAAUUCCGUGACACCUGAAAUCCAACCGCGCCAAAUCAACUUCAGCAACUUCGAGGAAACAGCAUCCAGUGGUCGUAUCACGCGCGAAAACCUCCUUGGCACCCCCGCAAUUGUCGAAGAAAUCACCGAUGACGAACAUUUGUCCAACAUCAUGGAAGAAAAUGAAGACAUCGAAGAAUUACGCAAACAGGCAUCUCGUGUGCCCGCCUUGGAACAAGAAGUCGAAAGUCUAAAACUGGAAUUGGACAAACACGGCAUCGAAUCCAAGGGAAAAGUUGGCGAAAUUGUGAAUGAACGCAAAGAUUUGCAAGCCGAAGUCAACGAAUUACGCGUCAAAAUAUCAGAAAUGCAAAAACUUGAAGUCGAACUGAAAUACAAGACACGCGAAAUUGAGGAAGUAAAUGCCAAACUGCAUAAAAUCCAACAAGAAAUGGACCUAAGAAACGAGGAAAUCGGAAUUUUACAAGACAAGAGUGACGCCAAAGCAGCCGAAUGCGAAACUUUACAACUGGAAAUCGAACGCAUGCGAAAAUCUGACAUGACGAAGAGACUUUUAUUCCAAAUUGACACGCUCACGCAACAAGUGGAGUCGUUAAACAAAAUUAUCGCCCACAAAGACGAGUUGCUGACGAAACUCGAAAAGGAAGCAACGAAUCACGCAAAAGCUGAACGUGACACCAGCAGCUUAGAAUUGGAACUGCAACGCAUGCGAGACGAAUCGAACGAAGUCAAAAAGACGCUCGCCAUGAAAUUGUACGAAUAUGAAAAAAUGAAGAUUGAUGUCGCCGAAGCGACGCGAGAAAUUGAAAUUCUCAAAGCUACGCUCCUGCAAAAGGAUGAACUCAUCAAAAACACGUCGGGCGGCGAAAUGCUCGAAAUUACGGCGCAACUGCAAGACGCCCAAAACGAAAACUUGGAGCUAAAGACUGAAUUGGAGCGAUUACGGUCGGAAUCGGAUUCGCAAGACUUGGAAAAGCAAAGUGCGAGUUUAGAUGCGAGACUUACGGAACUGAAAUCGCUGCUGGAAAAGGAGGUUCAAAAAUACAACAAUCUCAUGAAAGUCCGCGAUGAAUUGCAAGCCGACUUUGACGAGUUGAAACGGAUGUACGACAAAGAAAAAGACAAUGGCAUGAAGUUGCAGAUGAUUCUCGACUCGGAACGGAAACAAACGAAUUCCAUGGCGAACCAAGAUGCGAAUCUAAUUCAAGCUUUGCGAAUUCGACUUGAGGCUGCCUUGGAUAAUGAGGUGGCGCUGCAAGAAGCUCUUGAAAAGGAGCGUGUCAAGAACGACAAUUUGGCCGGAGUGCAACGUACAAAAUCCUUCGAUAACUACAUCAUGAUGCGAUCACCCCUGGAGUCACCAAAGAAAUUCCAUCGUUCAAGCGAUUUUGACGCGGAUGCCAUUGCCCGUCUUGAAACGGAGAUCAAAAUGUUGACGGCGCAACGUGAACGAGAACGCGAACGUGUCUUCGACAUGCAAAAUAUCCUGGAACGCGAACGGAAACGCUUCGAAUCAGACAUCGCUGAACGCAACGAUUACAUUGAAAACAUCAAACGUGAAGUAAAUCGUCUUAGCAAGGACAAGGAAUCGCUUGAAGACGAACUGGAACACACCCAAGAGAAACUGAUGAUGUCACAGCGCGAAAUUGAAGCACUCGAAAUGCGUUUGGCGCAAAUGACGGAGAUUGACAGUCGUCGAUCCGUUCGUCGGGGCAAAGAAAUUGUCGAAUCCAGUCGAACGGCGAACGAUUUGCAAGGUGUCAAGGAAAAAUUGAAAGAAGUUGAGAAGGAACGCGACUCCCUGUGUGACACAAUUGCUCGUUUGAAGCAAGAUAUCGAACGUGGGGCCCAGAGAGAAGCCAAAUACGCGGAGGCCUUGUCACAGGCGAACCUCGAGACAGUUGUUCCCGAACAAUUUAUGGAAAAAUUGCGUGAAAUGACGCGUUUGUUAACGGAAAAUGCCAAAGAAAACCGCCAACUGGUCGAUACGAUGCAAAUUUUGUCGGAAGAAAGGCGCGAAUUACAAAAACGUAUUAUGGAGCUUGAAAGUGACGGAAACUUUUAUCCACGAACGGAUUUGGAGGAACGUGCUAAUCAUUUAUUCGGAAAAUAUUUACGUACUGAGAGUUAUCGCAAAGCUCUCGUUCAUCAGAAACGCUAUUUGCUCACGAUACUCGCUGUCUACGAAGAAAAUGAGGCAAAGGCGAUGAUGUUGCUUGGUAAUGAGAAGAAACAAGCGGCGAAAAAGCCAUCUUUCAGAGGUGCUGUCUACGUUGUGAUUGCCAUUGAACGCAUGAAGUAUAUCGUGAGGAGGUGGCACAGCGGAAAACGUGUCGCUACCAAAGCUGUUUUUUCACAGCAAUAUGCUCCAAGACGUUCCCAAUCGGCAAGCAACAACGUAUGGACCGUGACACAUGGCGAUCACAUCCACUACGGAGUCAAUGCAACAUCUCCGCCGUGUCGCGAUCGUCCAACAUGCGCCACAACAACCACCAAUGCCAACAACGUUCCAAGCCCACGCGACAAACGAACAUGGCACCAAAUUCUUUCGGAAAACAUGAGAACUGCCUCGCCAUGCACAGAAUUCACAGAAAAUGCUGUUAAUAUUUCAUCAAAUUGAUGACACGCCAUUACCCUAGAAAUUGAUAUUCGAAUGAAAAAAUCCUAAAUAAUUUUAUGUUAACAUUUUAUUUUUAAAUUUCCUUGAAAUGCCAUAUACGAAAAUUACAUGACCUGAAAAAAAUUUAUUUAAAAAUUUUUCUUUUUUGAACUAAAGCACUUUUGCCAUAAAAACGCACUUCUCAGAUUCAAAAAAAAAAACAAAAUUUAGUGCCUUACACAGAAAAGAAAAAAAAAUAUAUCUUGCAGUAGAAAAAAGAUGUUGAAAGCAAAAAAAAAUAUUUUUAGGGUCGCACAAUGAAUGCCAUUUAAAAAAAAAGAUAAAUCCUUGCCAUUGAUUCCUUCAUGUUCAUUUCGUAUCUUAUUUUUAUAUUAAUUAAUUAAUUUAUUUUCACGACAUUUUUUACUUAAAAACUAUUUUUAAUUGUUUGACUUAUUUUUCACCCCUUUGUUUGUUUGUUAAUUUCUAAGUUAACGUCAUUUUGUUUGAUUUAUGUUUGAACGUCCACUUGUAAGAUUUGUAUAGAAAAUUCUUAUUUAUUCUGAAACGAACGAGAAGAAUGCAAAAGCAAACAAAAGUAAUAAAAUUAUGCUAACGAAAAGGUACAAACACUAAAAUAAUAACGAUAACAAUACGAUUAGAAUAGAAAACCACAAGUCAAGUUAUUUCUAUAGAAAAAGCUGUAAGUGUGUAAAAAAUAAUUUUUAAGAAAACAAAAAAUAUAUAUAGAGAUAAAAAAAUAAAUAAGUUGCUCAUUCAUAUCCUAUUAACCCUAUUUUAAUAUAAAAAUACAUACAACUUUAAAUUUUAAAGUUUUAUCCUCUCCUGAAACAAUUUUUAAAAAAAUGAUGAACGAGAGAGUUGUAGAUACAUUCUCUAGCAAAUGCCACAAAGUUGCGAGUUAUUUAAGUUAAUUUUUAUUAUGUUAAAAUCUUGAAAUUUAUUUAGAUUUAUUAUACCUGUAACAGAGAGUUUGAAAGGAAAUUUUCGUUUUUGAAAUAAAUUUUAAGAUUUUUUUUUGAAAAAUAUU